AUGAACUGGGUUGGGUUGCAGUCCCUCCUCAGCGGGGUGAAUGAAUACUCCACGGUGUUCGGCCGCGUCUGGCUCUCCAUGGUCUUCGUGUUCCGUGUCAUGGUAUUUGUGGUGGCCGCUCAGCGCGUCUGGGGAGACGAGAGUAAGGACUUUGUCUGUAACACGGCCCAGCCAGGCUGCAUCAACGUCUGUUACGACCACAUCUUCCCCAUCUCACACAUCCGCCUGUGGGCCCUGCAGCUCAUCUUCGUCACUUGUCCCUCUCUGAUGGUUGUGGCGCACGUCAAGUUCCGCGAGGGGAAGGAUUCAAAGUACACCACAACGCAUGAAGGGUCGCAUUUGUACGCUAAUCCAGGGAAGAAGAGAGGAGGCCUGUGGUGGACCUAUCUGGCGAGUCUGAUCUUCAAGGCGGGCUUCGACGCCGGCUUCCUCUACAUCCUCUACUACAUCUACGACGGUUAUGACAUGCCACGUCUCUCCAAGUGCUCCCUGGAGCCCUGCCCCAACACCGUCGACUGCUACAUCUCCCGUCCCACCGAGAAGAAGAUUUUCACCAUCUUCAUGGUGGUCUCCUCAGCCAUCUGCAUCCUCAUGUGUAUCUGUGAGAUGCUCUACCUCAUCUGCAAGAGGUUCCAGAAGCUCAUCGUGAAGAAGGAGGCAGAGAGUCAUGAGAUGACGGCCCUGACGGCACCAAGGUCGAGAUCCAAGUCUACGAGGUCUAAGGUGUCUGUCAGGGAGGACCCCACCAACACAGCUUCCAUUCAGAACCUCUGUAAUGUCAAGAUGGAGGAGGUGCCACCAGAGAAAAAGAAAUAAUAGGAGGUCAUGUGAUGAGUUGAAGCUGGAAUGGUUGGGUGAAUUGGGAGUGGGAGAAGAGUUUGGCCAUCUAAGGUCAGGAGAUAGCGUAUGUCGUAGGGUGGACUUUAGAUUUCCUACUUAACUGAAUUUUCACUGACCUACGCAUGCUUUCGCCAAUGAUUGACAUACAUUGAUUGCUGAUUGACAUUCAUUGAUUGCUGAUUGCCCUUAAUUGAUUGCAUGUGUGUGCUGUGACUUGGUGAUUUGCUGUGCUUAACUGUAUUAACUUUUUUAACAUUUACAUUUUUAGUCAUUUAGCAGAUGCUCUUAUCCAGAGCGACUUACAGUU